AUGGAAUGCGGAGAGAAAAAUGAAAUCAGAAUCAACAGCUUCAUUGAUUUGGAAUCCGCAGAAACUGUAAGAACAUGGAAAGGGCAAGUAAGAGGAUUAGGGUUUAGAAUGGAAGGUGGUAAUGGAAUGUUAGAGCAGUUAUCAGCAGAGGGUGCCAGAUUCCUUGAACAAGGAAUUGGGUUGUUAUUCUCUCGAUGGAAUGCACUUCAGAUGGCUGUUGCAGACAAUUGGGGAGGGGGUGAUUCUAUACUGAAGUCACAGAAUUUUGCUGCAGAAGUUUUAUUAUGGUUCACCCAUCCGAACGAAGCAGUACUAUACAUAGAUGAUUUGGAAGAUAUUCUGGACGAGUCGAUGGUUUCAUUAUUCGAUUCUGAGAUAGAAGACAACAGUAUUGAAGAUAUUGCUGAGAAACUGAUGGUGAUGCAUGAAGAAUGUUUGCAGGGAAAUUAUAAUUCAAUUCAAAUAUUAUUGAAUGAUGAUGUUCAUCAUAUUAGACAGGCAGCUGCUGCUGCUGCUGCUGAUGUUGUUGAUGAAUUUGAAGCAAUGGUACUUGUGGAGAAUCCUGGGCCUCAGGCUAGAGUUGAUGAGCCUAAUGCUCCUGAAGUAGAUGAAGAAGGAUGGAGAAUAGUUGGCCCUAGAAGGAGAAGAAGGAACUAG